GGAUUUAAUGUGCAACUAGCAUCUCUUCGCAACUUCAUAGAUCAAAAAAUGGACGAACGAGAAUCCAUAAUACUAAAAUUUCAAGAGAGACUCAGCAAAGAUAUUAAUGCUUUAAUGUCUGAAAUUGGUGAUGUAAAAGACGAAGCCGUUAAACCCUGGUUAAUUGAUAUUAAAUCCAAACCAGAAGAGGCAAAAGCUAAAUUAAAUAAAAUAAAUGAUCGUCUGAUGGCAAUACAGAAGAAAGCCAAUGAAUACCGAGGCUAUCAGAAACAGUUCAGGUUGGAGACGACAAGAAUGGAUUUACUUGAUGAAGUUAUGAACGAU